UAAAAAAUUACCAUAUUAUUGUCGUUAGUCAUCACAAGCAUCUACAUCGUUUACUUAUGGAAGCCUUUUUGCCCAUCAUCGAUAAUUCUGAGAGUUUCACUCCACAUAAAGAAAGUUUCAGUUCAGUUUUUCCACGGGAGACAUGCGAACAUCCAUAUGACUUAACUUUGGUGGUGGAACAUGGCAAGCAAUUCAGAGCGCAUAAAGACGUUCUUUCAGCAGCGAGUCCUUUCUUUGAAAAGCUGCUGAACAGCGACAUGAAGGAGGCUAAAGAGGGAAUAGUUCAGCUGGAGAUGUUCAACGACUCUGUUAUGGCGGCUACACUGGAAUUCAUUUACACUGGUGGUGUGCGAAUAUCGACUCAAGAGAUCGCCGAAGGUCUGAUCGUUAUGGCCGACUAUUUGUUUCUUCCAAAUCUGAAACCUCUAGCUGAGGAGAUUGUAAUUCGGAAACUGAAAGCUUCAAAUUGUAUUUCAACCUGCUACUUUGCAGAAAAAUAUCAAUGCAACGAACUUGUUUCCAAGAUCAAGAACUUCAUCCUUGCAAACUUCACAGCUGUAGCGAAAACAGACGAGUUUCUGAGCAUGUCGAGCGAAGAGGUCGAAGGGUGGAUCUCAAGUGAUGAAGUGGUCAUUGGUGACGAGGAAGAUGUGUUUAAAAUCGUUCUAACAUGGAUUGAACAUGACAAAGACGAGCGAAAAAAGUAUUUCGCCAACCUAUUUCGUCAAGUUCGACUUGCAUAUGUAUCACGUGACUUUCUAUGCAGCGAGAUCCUUUCAAAUGAUCUUGUGAAAUCUAAAAAAGCGUGUCUGAGCCUUGUUAUGGAUGCCGUAGAGACAAAAAACUCGAAAAACCACAGAAAUCCGAGAAAGUCGCAACAGACCUCUUUUAUAGUUGCAUUUCUGGGAAAAUAUAUUCUGUGCUAUUCUCCACGCGAGGAUCAGUGGUAUCUGUUAGGAGAGAAUUCAAUUUCAAAUUCGAAGGAUUUCGAAGUGUUCUCUCGUCAUGGUAAGCUGUAUUUUGUAAAACUUUCAGGCUUUAUACAUUCGGAACUGCUAUGCUAUGAUCCCUUGUCUGACAGUUGGAUGAGGCAGCAAUUGGAGGAAACCAGAUAUGUCAGGCAAAUAUUCGUUAGAAACGAAGACGAAGUCUACACAUUGGUUUCCGAUGGAUGUCUUAGAUGUGAAAAUUUAAGCUGCUUGUGUUAUGCAAGGAAAAAAUAUGUUUCCUUCCUAAGAAAGUACAACCCCGAAUCAAACGAAUGGCAGGAAAUAUCAUCGUUUGAUUUGGGUUCAAAGGAAGGAAUUUGUGUCGUAGUCAAAGACAAUUUUAUCUAUUUCAUUGGUGGUGGCGUCCGGGAGCAGCACCGCUACAAAAAUCUCCCGGAUGUUCACAGGUAUGACGUGAAUCAAAACCAGUGGGACAAGGUCGCUGACGUUCAAGAAGGAAGAAUGUUUGCUUGUGGAGCGGCAACGAAAGAUAGACUGUUUAUUGCUGGUGGACUAGAUCGAGAAGGAAUGACAUCAAACACUUGUGAAGUGUACAACGAAACCACAGAUGAGUGGCACUUUAUUGCCAACUUGAACGCGAACCCGAGUUUUUUAAGCAGUAUGGUAUGCUGUGACGGCAAGGUGUAUGUACUGGGUGGUUGCUAUGACAACGACUCGCAUCAUGCUGUUGAAUGCUAUGAUCCCGAUAACGAUGAAUGGAAGGUGAAGACUAAAUUGCCUUUCCGUUUUCCAGUGGCGGCGAUCGGACAGUAUUACCUUCAGGCUUGUUCAAUGACAAUUUUCACACGAUCCCUUAACAAACUUCCAAUGACUUUGCUUUCACGCUCCGGUCUGCGAGGUGAUAAAACGAAAUGCGUCAUGAUGUGACACAUAUAUGGAGUAGAUUUUCAGGAAUCAUGUCCUUUAUCAGUGAUAACUGACCUUGCUUCUCGUGUAAUUCUUUCCUUGUAAAUUCGUUACACCUUGAAAUUUUAUAUCUUUCUCCGUGAUUUUAUUCACUGAGAGUGUUAAACUAUUAAAACAACAGAGUUUCAACUCUGAUGGAACGUUUAACAUUGA